AUGGCUUAUAGGGAUGACGAUGAAGAACUGAGGUAUCUCAGGUACCCACAGACUGGUGGGGUGUACAAUUACUCGAACGAUGCUGUGGAUAGUAUAAAUUUCCAGCAGCCCCAGAGGGUGUACAGCAGCCAGAUGCACCCAUCCAACGAUGACUUUAUGGACUACUACGAAGACGAGAGGCCGCUGGCCAUGUUCAACACACUGCAUGUGCCGCCUCCUCCUCCUCCAAGACAACCGCUACCGGCUCAUGAUCCGUUUAUGGAUAACGAGUUUGAAAUGGGCGCGUACCCGCAGACGAACUACCAGCCUACGGCGUAUGAUCCUAACGCUGCUGGGUUCAACUUUUCCCAGGCGUUUGUGCCUCAUGUUUAUGAUGACGAGGAAGAACAGCAGUUUGACCGUGAGAUUGAGUAUAACCAGUUCCAGGGUGACAGUUUGGACCUUCAGACGGUGCAUGUGGCAGAUUCCGAUUCUGAACAAGACGGGCAGACUAUUUAUGACCAGGAAAUGCAACUGCCGUUUGCAGAAACGGGUGAAGAGUUCCCGGAACCUCCUGAACAGGAAGAGGUGAGAGAGAAACCUAAGCUUGGAAUUGCUACAGGUCACAAUGGUCAUUUGGUCUUGGAUUGUCCAGUGGCCACAGAACUUCUUACGAAAUUUCCAGAUUACAACUCAAGUUUGCCUGACGGUGGUCUAAGUAGAGAAUUCUCGUAUAUGAGAUAUACUGCUGUGACCUGUGGCCCUUCGAAUUUCUGGAGAGACGGCUAUAUCUUGCGUCCAAUCCAUUAUCCCGUUAGACGUCAAACAGAGUUGAUGGUGGUCAUUACCAUGUAUAAUGAGGACGAUAUUCUUCUCGCACGUACCCUUAAGGGUGUGUUCAAGAACAUUAAGCAUUUGGAGUCCAGAUCUAGGUCUCCAGUGUGGGGCAGAGACUCUUGGAAGAAGGUUGUGGUCUGUGUCGUGAGUGACGGUCGUUCUAAGAUUAACGAGCGUGCUCAGGCACUUUUGGCUGCUCUUGGUGUCUACCAGGAGGGAUUGGCUAAAUCCAGAAUUGACGACAAGAAAGUGAAGGGUCAUAUUUACGAGUACACUACACGUGUGGGUAUUUCAUCUGUUGAUGAUACCGUCAAGUUGACUACCGAAAAGGUUGUCCCAGUGCAAAUGCUUUUUUGCUUGAAGGAAAACAACGCAAAGAAAAUUAACAGUCAUCGUUGGUGUUUCGAAGCUCUCUCUCAAGUUCUCGAUCCCAACAUCGUUGUUUUGCUUGAUUGCGGUACUCAGCCAUCUGGUAAAUCCUUGUACCACUUGUGGAAGGAAUUCGACAAAGAUCCCCGUGUUGCAGGUACUUGUGGUGAGAUCAAGGCUUCUUUGAAGAAGAGGCAAAUGCUCACCAACCCAAUUGUCUACGGCCAAAACUUCGAGUAUAAGAUCUCCAACAUCCUUGAUAAACCUACUGAGUCUGUCUUCGGUUUCAUUUCCGUUUUGCCUGGUGCUUUCUCCGCUUAUAGAUAUGUCGCUUUGCAGAAUGAUAUCAAUGGCAAAGGACCAUUGGAGAAAUAUUUCAAGGGUGAAUUUUUGCAUGGAAGUGGUGAAAUUGAUAAAAAUGACGAUGAAUACGAGUUAAAGACAAAGAUGUUGAAGGAAGAGGCUGGUAUUUUUACCUCCAAUAUGUACCUUGCCGAGGACAGAAUUCUUUGUUACGAGCUUGUCGCUAAACCAGGGUGCUCCUGGGUCUUGCGAUACUGUAAGUCUGCAAGUGCAGAGACUGAUGUUCCUGAAGGUCUAGCUGAGUUUAUUUUGCAAAGAAGAAGAUGGCUUAACGGGUCUUUCUUCGCUGCAAUUUACUCGCUCGCUCACUUCUACAAGAUUUGGCAUUCGCUGCAUAGUUUUGGUAAGAAGAUCAUGUUCCAUGUGGAGUUCUUCUACCAGCUUAUUAACCUUGUUGUUUCUUGGUUUUCCAUUGGCUCAUACUUCUUGGUGUUCCGUAUUUUGACUACAUCCCUUUCGGAUGAAAGUCUAAAUUUUGCGCCAGGUAAUGUGCUUUCAGUCAUCUUUCUAUGGCUUUAUCUUGCAUCCAUCGUCACUACUUUCGUUUUGAGUUUUGGUAACAAACCCAAAGGUACUGAGAAGUUCUAUAUCGUCAUUGUGGUCUUCUUUGCUAUUCUUAUGGCAUAUAUGAUCUUUGCUGCAAUUUUUAUGGCCGUUAAUGCUAUUCUGCAAAUCUACCAGGAUAAUAGCGGAGUGACGGUAUCAUUAUUUUUCAAGAACUCACAGUUCAGAGACUUGGUCGUCGCCACGGCGUCCACAUAUGCAUUAUACUUCAUCGCUUCAUUCCUUUACUUCGAGCCAUGGCACAUGUUUACCUCGUUCGUUCAGUACAUUUUGCUUUCGCCAUCAUACAUCAAUGUGUUGAACAUCUAUGCUUUCUGUAACAUUGAUGAUAUUUCAUGGGGUACCAAAGGAGACACUGGCGCCACAGACUUGGGUGCUGCCAAAGUCAGAGAGGACGGUACUUUCGACGUUAACAUUCCCGUUCUUAAGGAGGAAAUCAACCAGUCAUACCUCAAUCAAUUGGAGAAGAUCAAGAAACCAAUUGAAGACGACGGUAACCUGUACAAAGGUACUCAUGAAGACUAUUAUGCCUUUGUGAGGUCUAUGACAGUAUUAAUCUGGAUGAUUUCCAACUUUAUCAUUGUGGCCAUUGUGCUCGAAACGGGUGGAUUCAACCAGUUCAAUUCUAACAGUGAAUCUGAUGAAAUCAAGAAUGACAGGUCUAAGAUCUUCCUUACCGUCAUCUUGUGGACAGUCGCCUUCAUGGCAUUAUUCAGAUUCAUCGGUUGUGUAACAUAUUUGGUUUUCAGGUUUAUGGACAAGUUCAGGCUGCGUGCCAGCAAAUAG